AUGAUUAGAUUGUUUGCUACUAAAUGUUGCGCUAGAGGGAAGCGUUUUUCAGGAUCAGCUACUGUUUCCAUAUAUCAGACGUUAAGAUAUGUAUCCAGCAGCCCGAAUAAGGCUGGUGAAGCCCCAAUUUUCCCAAAAUUGAAAGACGUGAAAAUGGAGGAGCUCAUAGGAAACAAUAAUUUUGGUAAAAAGACUUACUUCGUGGAAAGAAGUAGUACAGGGAACUUGCCGGUAUAUUCCGCUUACAAAAACGGUGGGAACAAGGUUAUCACAGAGAUCAGAAAAAUUCAAGGGGAUAUAAUUCAAUUAAGGAAUGACUUGCAGGAACAACUGCCUUUCAUACCCAAAGGAUUUUGGUCUGUAGUGAUGCAAUCGAAAAAAAUUAUCAUUAAGGGCAAUGCUGUAGAAACGGUCAAAAGGGUAUUAACCAAAAAGUUCUAG